AUGCCCGGCGAACCUCAACCAGCUCAAAAGCGCCCACGCCUCCCCUUCAAACCUCCAAGUCGCACGACCAGCGCGGGACCAUCCAGCUCCGCGCCGAAGACCAAAGGAAAAGCAAAACAAACCAGCACAGAAGCCUCCACGUCCACAACCGUGCCCAAAACAACAAAAAGUAAACCUACGACUCAGAGCAAAUCCGCAGGCAGAAGCAAGUCCACAAGUCUGGGGAAACGCCCCCGACCUGAUUCUCCGGCAGCCAACGCCAAUGCCGCCUCCGAAUCCGAAUCAGAGUCCGACUCCGAUGAAUCGAGCCGCAGUCGGUCGCGCUCGCUCUCUCAGGAGCCGGACUAUAUCCUUGCUGAGAUUACGACUACAAACCAAGCAGAGGACGUGACGUCCAGCGACCCAAAAAUACCUUCAAAGCUGCUUACACGCUUACUCCACCAGCAUUUCCAGAAUGAGAAGACCAAGGUCGCGAAAGAUGCCAAUAACGUCGUUGCCAAGUAUGUUGAUGUCUUUGUGAGGGAAGCCAUUGCCCGAGCCGCUUAUGAGAGGGCCGAGUCCGAAGGGAAUGCUGGGGGCAGAGGUGUCGGGGACGGGUUCCUCGAGGUUGAGGAUCUUGAGAAAAUGGCGCCACAGCUUACGAUGGAUUUCUAG